AUGAACUAUAAAUUAGCAGACUUUAUUAGCAAUUACCUCAAUGAAUAAAAACUAUUAACUGAGAAAUACACAAAGCUUUUUAAUCAAAUCAAGUUAGGAGACAGUAGUUACAAUAAAAACAAUAGUUCAUUGUUGAAUUUAAAGAAGAGAUCUCAUGAUACAGAAUCGAUGUUCAAUUAGAAUAAGGAAAAGACAAACUGUAAGUAUUGUGGUAAAUAAUAUACGAGUAAAUUGCCAUUGAGAAAUCAUAUUAAGAAAUUUCAUCUUUAAGAAAAUUAUACAUCAAGAAAUGAAGUUUCAACAAAAUAAAGUACACCUUAUGAUGAUUAUGAUCAAAGAAAAUAAGAUUAUUCAAGAAGAGAAGAUAGUUAUAAUGAAGGAGAUGAAGAAUUGAGAUAAAAAUUGUUGAGAAAUGUUCAAGCUAUUGAAAAUAGAGAAAAUGGUAGUUCAUCUAUGCUUGAUAAAUAAGAUCAUGAAUUAAUAAUUAGUGGUUUGGAUUCAGAUUCAAAUUCAGAUGAUGAAUGA